ACUGCAGAAAUUGAAGGCCUAGUUCUUGACGAGGGAACGCCCACAAAAUUGUCCAAAGUAGUUAAGUCUGUCAGAUCAUAUUUCUUCAGUGAAGAUACUGGUCUGGUGGGUCCUAGAAAACGCCGUAAGAAUUUGGAGCAUUUUGAUGAUGCCAGCGCAGAAGGUUCAAACAGUAUAGAAUUUGAAGCUGAUGCGUUUUCCAGAAUGCAGAGGCUGAGGAUACUCCAGCUUAGUUAUGUAAGAUUCACUGGAUUCUAUAGUUUGUUUCCGGAAAGUCUAAGAUUACUGUGUUGGUCUGGAUUUCAUAUGAAGACCAUGCCUGAGGAUCUCCCUCUAGAGAGCCUGGUUGCCCUUGAAAUGAAAAAAAGUUGUUUGGAAAAACCCUGGAAGGGAAUUAAGAUUCUCAGAUCAUUAAAGAUCCUCAACUUAAGUCAUUCCCAUUUCCUAAAAAGAACUCCUGAUUUUUCUGGACUUCCCCAUCUGAAAACUUUGAUCCUGAAAGACUGCAGUAAGUUGGUCAAGAUUCAUGAAUCAAUUGGAUGCCUUGACGGACUCGUCUAUCUGAACUUGAGAGACUGCAAGAAUUUAAGGAAGCUCCCUGGAAGCUUUUGUAAGCUCAAAUCUUUAGAAAAACUUAUUAUCUCUGGCUGUUAUAAACUAGUUACAUCAGCAAUAGAGUUAGGCAAGUUAGAAUCUUUGACAACCCUACAGGCCGAUGGAAUGAAUUUUGGUAAUGCGAAUUCAUGGAGGGCCCUCUGGCAAACUUGGUCAUCAAAGUUGAGAAGAUCCCCAGAUUAUAACCAGUUUUCAUUCUCUUCUUUAUCAAGUUCGCUCGUUAGAUUAAGUCUUGCUAAAUGCAACUUAACAGAUGACGCUCUAUCCUUUGGCCUCAACAACCUUCCCUCAUUAUGCUUCUUGAAUCUAAGCGAAAACCUGAUUUACAACCUGCCUCUGAGUAUUAAAACUCAUGGUAUGCUCCAAGACCUUUGGUUAGAUGGAUGUCUGAGCCUCCGUUCUCUGCCAGAGCUUCCUCCAACACUAGUUAAGCUGAAGGCAGUUAGAUGCUUAUCACUGGAAACAGUUACAAAUCUACCAAACCUAAUGUCAAAUCUCUUUUUAGAUGUCAUGGAAAGUGAGAAUUUAAGUGAGAUUUCAGGAAUUUUCAAGCUAAAGCCCAUUAAUAAUUUUGAAGUGGAAAUAUUGAAUACUCUAGGCCUGCUUCUCAAGCUGGAUAACACAGUAGAUACAGGGGUGGAAAUAUUUAAUAGGUUCACUAACACAAAAAGGAUAUAUUCAGUACAACAGGGACUCUAUGAAUUUGGCAUCUUCAGUACUUAUUUUCCAGGAAAUGAGGUUCCAAGCUGGUUCAACAACAAAAGUGAACAGAGCAAGUUGACCCUGAAAGUAGAUUCACUUCCUUAUAUCAACAUAACAGGGCUGAUCAUUUGUGUUGUCUAUGCACGUUCUAGUCCUCGCAAAUUUCGCUAUUUUGGUGACAGUAAAUUUGGGGACGGGCAUACAUUUUAUAUCAAAGUCCAAAACAUUACAAAGGGCCUUAAGUGGAUUUAUGCCCCAUCAUUCAUUGGCAUUCCAGGAGAGAACAACAGGUUGACAUUUUUAUGCCACUGGAAGUUUGGGAAGUAUUUACAAACUGGCGAUCAAAUUAAUGUUUCAUUGCCUUGUUGGAGUAAAACUUUUAAGAUGAAAGAGUUUGGAGUUACACUUGCAUAUAACAAGCCAGAAUUAGACCAGUCCUCAGCAUCUACUAGUGAAACAAGAGUGCUUGCAACGCGACAUACUCCAAUUGGUGAUUAUCAAUCCGAAGAAAGUGUCAUGGAAGGCUUUAUGCCUUCACAUCAGUUGGCGGUUCAUCGUUACUACCUUUCCCACCCUGAUUACUAUGUGAUCCGCGACAAUGCAGAUUUAGUUGUGAGGUCAAUUUUGAAUGAGAAAUUGUUUGAGGAUGAUUAUGUGCAGACUGCAGGUUCAGGGUCUAGUGAUGAAGCAGGACCGGAAGAAGAAGAUGAUGAUGAUAGCAUCUUUGAUUACGAUGAGGAUGAAGAUGAUGAGGCUACACUAGCAGAGUUAGAGAAGAUAUUGCAAAGAUCUUGGUGAAAGAAAUGAAACAAUGGUGCAGCUAGCAGCGUAACACAUUGGCUGACCAACUCAAAAUAAUGGAUUUGUUAUACUUGAGGUGAAAGAUUCUAAACAUAUUGGCUAUGUAUCAGAUGGUGUAAAAUCAUUACUACUUUUUCACCCAGAAAUGUUUUUGCUUAAAGGACGAAAAGGGAUAGGCAGCUGCUAAGUUGAUGUCAUACGAUAUGUUUUAACCUUAACCACAAUAAUCAACAUUUGUUUGUUUAUGUAACUACUAGUUUAUGAUUAGGAGCGUUGCACGUGUAUGUCAAACGUCAUAUUGAAGACCACAAAAUUUGUCUAGCUUGUAAA